CCGUUACCCACAUCCUUCAUAUUAAGCAUACACAAUACUAUUGGGAAUCCAAACAUCAGACAUCGAGCCUCACCGAUCGUACGAAAUCUACGGUAAAACCCACUACACCGCGGCAAAUCAUCCCUUAAUCUACCACCCGCAGUAACACUUCUAGACCGGGAGAUGAGCUCCACCCCCUGUUUGAGAUGAAGUGAUGGACGUAUAAUGCGGUUGUUAUAUAGGUUGAUGUGCGUGAAUAUAUAAGGACGGCAUCGACGGUCACUACUUACCAACAAAACCAGCCAAGAAACUUCAAAACUAUCCAAGCAACUUGAAAGAAGAAAAAGCAUAGAAUAAAAAACAUGCAGACCAAAUCCCUCCUCACUGUCCUCCUCAGCGCCGCUUUGGCUGCUGCUACCGUUGACCCCGCCACCUCUAACACUAAGGGCAAAUGUCCGGGUACUUAUAACUGCUCUGCCGCCAAAACCUCCACCGCCAUCCAGGCAGCUGAGUGCUCCCACAACACUCGUACUUCCGAAACCCAAACAUUCGCCGUCUUCGUCACCGACCACGAGUACGACUCCUCCUACGGCGCUCCCUAUGGUACCUGCAGCGCGUACACUUGCACCGCGCCGACGGAUAGCGAGAUGACGGAUGAUGAUGAAGAUUGCUGGACUUUCUUCUGGAACGACAACGGCGAGUCCUCCGGUGUUGGAACCGGAUGCAUUCGCAGCCCUGAGGAUGGAACUUGUGGAUGUGAGGACUCUGAUGGAACUUUUGUCUAUGGGGGAACGGAUUGCUCUUAGUUUCCCAUUUUGGGAGUAUCUUAUCGAGACGGUGUUGAGUAGAGGGGCUGCUACU